UCAUAUGUCAGCGUAUGUAUAAUAGUCUCGGGUAUAAUCUCACUCGAAGCAUCUCCAGCCCGAAAUCAAAACAUUUAGACUGUGAUUGAUUACCUCUAGUUCGUUUAGUUUUUGCCUCAUAGUUCGUUCAAUGAUAAUACAUAAAUUUGACCAAUCCUAAUCCACACCAUGGAGAAAGAAAAGUUCUCAUUACUGCUGCUAGAGCCUGGAGAAAUUUAUUUCGAGGAUUUUUCAGUGGAUUUGCUUCAAUCAGACGAAAGAAAUCAUUCGACCGAAUCUCCAGUGAUAUCAUCAUAUGACUCGUCUUCAAAUGCAAGUUCUCUCAUCGGACGACUAAAAAUGUGUUCAAAGUCGGUGGUGUUUCAGGCCAAGGAUCAUCCCCGACUUCCGUUGAUUAAGAUUGCGUACAAGGAUUGCUUGCAGAUUCGCCGAUGGGACUCCGCCAGCGCCAGAACACUGGAAUGCAAUGUAUUGGCCAUUGAAUGCUCCCAGUACACGGAGAUGCUGAAAGACAAUGUAGUCCAACCUUACAACUUUCGACAGCACAGACGCUUUUUUCUGUUCAAUUUCCACUAUGCCAAACUGGAGGACUACGUCCAGCAGCUAUGUCAGCUCCACCGAGCGUCGACAUUACCUGCCUAUGAACAGAACAGCAUGAUUGCAACCAUCGUUUUCUCGCGACAUAAUCGGGUACGAUUUAAUCCCCUCUGGUUGGAUAACCUGUACGAGAAGAUAGCUGUGGAGUGUCAAGUAGAUGAGAUUAAUCCCCUAGUGGUGAAUCCCGGCCGGUUACUGCUAACAAACGUGUUUCUGUAUUUUCAACCAUACAAUAACAUUCAAACGUACCCAGUUCUGAAAAUACGCCUUAAACUUAUCAAAAGUUUCUUGAAGCGUCGAUUUCUGUUGCGUCAUGUAGGACUUGAAGUCAGGUGGAGCCAAAAUGAUCAGGAAAAGCUGCUCUACGUAUCGUUUCGCAAUCAAGCAGAACGAGACGACUUCUACAACAAGGUAUCUAAACAAGAAGAUUUCUCCGUGGACGAGCCAAUUCCAGAGAGCAUUACUCUCAAAUGGCAGAAUGGUCUUAUAUCCAACUACGAAUACUUGCUCUAUCUCAACAGUUUAGCCGACCGAACAUAUCAGGAUCUGACACAAUAUCCGGUGUUUCCAUGGGUGAUAUCCGACUACAGUUCGGACUGGUUGGACUUGAGUGAUCCCAAGGUAUACCGGGACCUGACGAAACCAGUCGGAGCGUUGAACGAAGAGAGAUUGCAAAGACUGAAAGAACGCUGCGACGAAAUGGGCGAUCCCAAAUUUUUAUACGGUUCACACUAUUCCGCUCCGGGCUUAGUUUUAUUUUACCUAGUGAGAAAGUUUCCAAAGCUGAUGUUGUGCUUACAAAACGGAAGGUUUGACCACCCAGAUCGAAUGUUCAACCGCGUCGAAGACGUGUUUAAUAACUGUCUGAAUAAUAUGGCCGACUUCAAGGAAUUGAUUCCGGAAUUUUACGACACCGACACAAAAGGAGAUUUUUUGCUAAACACAAUGAAAAUUAAUUUCGGCCAAAGGUUCGACGGUACGUUGGUCAAUCACGUGAUCUUACCAAAGUGGGCCGAUGGAAAUCCAGAAAAGUUUGUAGGGUUGCUACGGGAGGCAUUGGAGUCGGAUUAUGUCAGUAGUACACUGCAUCACUGGAUUGAUCUAAUAUUCGGAUACAAGCAACGUGGUGAUGAGGCUCUGGAAGCAGAUAACUUAUUUUACUAUCUCUGCUACGAAGGUUCUGUAGACUUGGAUCAAAUCAAAGACCUAGCGGCACGACACGCACUAGAAGUUCAAAUUUCCGAAUUUGGACAAAUUCCGAAACAAUUGUUUCGAACACCUCACGUUUCCAAAUUAAUGGUCAAUGCUCCUUUAGAAAGUUCUCGUACCUCAUCCUUAAACAAAGAACUUCGUAUCACUAUGGAUGCUCAAUAUUUCUCCCAUAAAGAUGAAAUUACCUCAAUGCUACUGGACGACUCAACGAAAAACAUUUUUACAACGAGCAGAGACGGGACGUUCAAGUGUUACAGUUUGGUUGAAAAGAGGCAGAUCCGAAGCGUUCAGAUAAGCGAUAUGCCGCUUAGCGCAAUUCGGCUGACCAAUGGAAAUUCGGUCAUUUUGGGGUGUUGGGAUAACAGCAUAAUAAUCUACAACUUAGACUAUGGAAAGAUUAGUCAGGUCAUUGCUGCCCAUGACGAUGCUGUCUCCUGUUUAUCAAGCGUCGAAGGAAGCGAAAUUUUAGUUUCCGGCAGCUGGGAUUGCAGUGUCAAAAUUUGGAACAAUUUUCACAUUGAUUCCGUCAUCGGUUAUCUCCCGCUGGAGGACAAAAUUGUGUGCUUGGAUAUGUUCCAAUCGGAUUGCGAUCUUCGGGUAGCCAUCGGGACGGCAUGUGGAGAACUAUUUCUCUGGAAACUUGGGCUGAAACUUGACCGGUCCGGGCAGAGUCUACCGGACAUUGACUCGCAGGACCACAAACUGAUCCUGCAGCACAAGGACGCAGUGUGUGUGGUGAAAUUCAACCGGAAUUGUUCUUUAGUUGUGUGCUGCGGCGAAGAUCGAAUGUUCUACAUCGUAGACAUCGAGACUGGAAUGGUAAUAUUUCAACGAGAAAUGGCGAUGGCGAUUCGCAGCCUCAGCUGGGCAAAACACGACAAAUACCUACUGAUGGGAGAUUGUGGUGGGACCAUGUAUGUGUGGAACAUGCUGGAUGGAUUGAUUCAGAAAGAAGUGCGCGUACAUUCGGGUUGCAUUUACUGCGUUGGGUGUAUGGAGAACAGUCUAAUUAUAACGAGUGGAAAAGAUGACCGGGACUACAAUGUCAAAAUAUGGGAGAGCAAUCUAUGAGAUAAAUAUGCAUCCCUUAGGACCCGAUGCCCACAUAGCAUUUUUAAACUACUUGCGUUAACGCAGCAUCGUCACACCAUUGAACAGAUGCUACGUGGACUCUGAGCCUAAGUCUCUGAAGAUAGAAGUAUGAAAUUCUUUUUAUGUUAAUGAUAUUAAUCUGCUGAGGAUUAUUAUAUAAGGGAUUUUUUAUACCUGCGUUUUCUGUGUUUUAAACUGCAAAUAACCACGUGAUAUAGCUCAAGUAAGUCAAACUAACUCAAAACAA